CCAGCCCCGGCCCCGCUUCCAGGCCGCCAGGAUGGACGUGUUCAUGAAGGGCCUGUCCAUGGCCAAGGAGGGCGUUGUGGCUGGGGCGGAGAAAACCAAGCAGGGGGUCACCGAGGCCGCAGAGAAGACCAAGGAGGGAGUCCUCUACGUCGGAAGCAAGACCCGAGAGGGGGUGGUCCAAGGUGUGGCCUCAGUGGCUGAGAAAACCAAGGAGCAGGCGUCACAUCUGGGCGGGGCCGUGUUUUCCGGGGCUGGGAACAUCGCAGCUGCUACAGGACUGGUGAAGAAGGAGGAAUUCCCCACCGACCUGAAGCCCGAGGAGGUGGCCCAGGAAGCUGCUGAGGAGCCCCUGAUUGAACCUCUGGUGGAGCCCGAAGGGGAGAGUUACGAGGAACCGCCUCAGGAGGAGUAUCAGGAGUAUGAGCCAGAGGCGUAAGGGCCCCCGGCGGCCCCGACCAGCAGCACAAUUCUUCCCCGUCCUGCCCCGUCCCCCAGAGCCAGGGCUGUCCUUCGACCCCUUCCCUCAAACACGAGAUCUUCCUUCUGCUCCGAGGUGCCCCUCAGAGCCCUUGUUAGUGUCUGUCCGUCUGUCUUCCUAACCGCCCGCGUCCACCCUGGAGCGUGGACACCGCCCGGGCUGCGGCUGGGGACACC